AUGGCCAAGCACAUCUUGAAUCAGAGUCAAGCGGCCAUUGACACACCUGAAGACACCACCGUCAUAACCGUUGUCCGCAGCAGCAGUGCAGAUGACAGCUCCAUCGGUACACAUGGCAUUGAUACCGACGUUGGCCUCGUCAGUAUUGAUAGGUGCGGCGAAGGUGGCCAUGGCGAAACCCAAGAGGGUAAGGAAAAGAGAGAGAAGAUGCAUGCUGGAGUCAACGCCGAAUAUACUCGAAUCUUUGCAACCUAUUCGCCGGAAUUGCCUCAAGCUCUUUCUACUGACUGUCCAUUGGCUGCUCGCGGCGCUGGUCUGUUCAUGAUAUGGAAGGAACAAAUAUCGAGCAAGCGUCAAGCAAUUGCCAUGAGUGCCAUGGUGUCCGAAUCUCCAUGUAUCGCGGGCCUCCAGCCCAAUUCUGCAGCUCACGGCCAUAUGAGCCAGACCAUGUUCAUAUCCAGCCCCUCGUCUCUGCACAGAAACGCGCAGCCAGCCCUAGGUAUGUGUGAGACAUCACACGUCAACUCUAUACGCGCGAUCAUCCGCCGGGCCCUUGAUGACAGUAGGUACCGGUCCGUCGUGCCAGGUACUCGGCUUGCUUGUGUUCCCAUCCUUCCCCGGCUCUUGGAUGUUUUGGAACGGCUAGUUCCCGCUACGGCUGUUGACAAGGGUAAAUGCGCCAAUCAGAGUAAAUCAAUCCAUCUUGGCCAUGGGAGCUUCAUCCCAUCUGAAUUCCCUCUGCCCAGGUCAUCCGGCAAGAUGCUCUACAACACUGCGUCACUCCUAUUGCUCGCCUCUGGUGCGUCUGCUGCUGUGGUCAAGAGGCAAGUCCCAGCGGGUUUUGUCACGACCAAGGGAACUACAUUUCAGCUUGAUGGAAAAGAUUUCUACUUCGCCGGAAGCAACGCAUACUACUUCCCUUUCAACGAUCUCCAAUCAGAUGUCGAAGCUGGACUCACUGCGGGCAAAAAGGCCGGUCUUAAUGUAUUCCGCACAUGGGGAUUCAACGACCGAAAUCGAACAACCAUUGCUGGUGGCCUUCCUCAGUAUGGUGGUGAGGGUGCUGGCCCCAGCCCGAAUGUUAUGCAAUGGUGGAACAACGGUGUCCAGGAGAUUAACCUUGCACCGUUCGACAAGGUGGUGGCCGCUGCAGAGAAGACUGGGAUGAAACUCAUCGUAGCACUCACGAAUAACUGGGCAGAUUACGGUGGAAUGGAUGUCUAUACGGCCAACCUCGGUUACAGGUAUCACGAUGAUUUUUACCACGUCCCGGCGAUUAAAGAAGCUUUCAAGAAGUACGUCGAGGCCAUUGUGCAGCGUUAUGCCAAGUCUCCGGCUAUCAUGGCAUGGGAGUUGGCGAAUGAACCCCGCUGUGGUGCAGAUGGUACUCGUAACCUACCACGGAGCGACAAUUGCACGCCCGAGAUGAUCACUGAGUGGGUUGACGAAUUCAGCACUUACAUCAAGUCGCUUGACAAGGACCAUCUCGUCACUUGGGGCGGAGAAGGUGGCUUCAAUCGUCCAAAUGAUGAUGGUUUCUACAAUGGUUUUGAUGGCGGUGACUUCGACAAAGAACUUGCACUCAAGAACAUUGACUUUGGAACCUUUCACACCUAUCCCGACUGGUGGUCGAGAUCCGUAGAAUGGGCGAACCAAUGGAUCAUCGAUCACGCUGCUGCUGGUCGCGCUGUUGGCAAAGCAGUUAUUCACGAGGAAUAUGGGUGGCUCACUGAUGCGAAGAGGCAAGAAUUCCUUGGCAAGACCUCGAAUAUUACGAGAUUGGAAGCGAUUGGACUUUGGCAAGCAACGAGUUUGGAAGAGCGCAUGAGCGAUUGCUAUUGGCAAUUCGGUUAUGGAGGCUAUUCGUAUGGUAGGAACCACGAUGACGGAUUCACCAUCUUCUUGGAAGAUGCGGAAGCCCAGCCGCUUGUCUAUGAGCACGCGGCCAAGGUCAAUGCCCUUAACAACUAG